GUGCCACUCUCCAUCACUCUAGGAAAAAAGUAAGUAUUCCUCUUCAGUUCUGCUUUUCAUUGCCUGUUUCAGAAAAAAGUCGGGAUGAGUGAGACUAAAUAGAAGGCAUGCUUUGUGUGGCACCUGUAGCCUCAUCAAAUAAAUUUGGGGAGCGGUCUGAGUAAAAUGGCUUUCCAACCCAUGCCCACCGUGAGCAUUUUCUAACUUUGCUGCUUUGUUGUGUGUAUGUGGGCUUGUAAUUUCAUUUUAAAGUGAUAAUGGCUUGCUAGGGUAAUAAAAACCAAAGGGGUUUCUAGCUAGAUCUUCUAACAGCUUACUUUUAUUUUCUGAAACCAAAGCUCAGGUAUCCCCUUUUUGAGAUAAACUAGUGCUGCUCCCAGUAAAACAAAAGAAACAGUAGAUGAUGCAGUUCAAUAAUUUAGGAUUUUUAAGAUUUUCAAGAAUAAAAUUGUCACUGCAAUUAUUUUAGGUAUAUAGCCUAAGAUAUUGACAUAAAUGACAAUCCACUGGGAGGCAAUUAUUAUGCCAGCUUUCCAGUUGGGAAACUGAGGCUGGGAAGCAGCCAGUGACCCAAAGCCAGUGUGUGAGUUCCAUGUCUAAGCUGUGGUUUGAUUCAACCUUAUUUCCAUUUAGGCUUGCUGGUUUUCAGAAUGAACAGUUUGCAAUGUAUUUUGCAGCCAAUAAAUACAACAACGUGGUUGCUUUUGGCGAGAAGCCUUUAAAGGUCAGGCUAUUAUGUGAGGAUGAACAGGAAAUGUGCCAAAAUGCAUCAGGACUUGGGGAAAGAUGCCCCUAGUUCAGCAGGUGCGGUCAGCACAUAGGAAAGGAGUUUCCAGACCCAGGAGAGGACCCCUGCGCAACAAGUAUGAUGCUUAGAAAUGGUAGAAAGCGUGGUGCCUUCUGUUGGGUCAAGGCUGCACACAGAUCAGUUUUCACAGACCCGACUCACUGUGCUUCCCUGCAACUGAAAUCUGCACAGUGGCUCACAAUUCCAAUCAAAUGUUAGCUGAAAUGUCUUACCAGUUUAAUUUGUAUGAUAAGUGCUGGGCAUUUUUUAAAAUUUGGCUACAGUUAUCCUGACUACAGUCCUGCAAAACAAAUGCAUAUACAUGUGUAUAUGUGGGAGAAGAGCUUCACACACACAGCCGGAAGUGCCUUUGAACUUUCUGCCUCAGCUUUUUGCACAGCUGAACAGGCAAGCAAACUUUAAACUGAAAAGAGGCUGGCCCAAACACUGAGAUGCUGGAGCCAUUGCAGUAGAAGUUUCAGAAACAUCUCCAGCUCGGCACAGAGUUCUCCCCUUGCACUUUCAUGCCAUGCUGUAGGACAGCAGCUCUAGCUAUGAGCCAGGGCACGUCUGUUUUCUUUCUCUCACCAACAAAGGAUUCAGGGAGAGACAUAGCAAGAAAAAUUGCAGACACCCUGAGAGUUAAAACAAUUUGGUUCCUUUUCAAAACACAAAUUUACCUUAAGUUCUUUUACUUAAAGACUGCUAGAGAAUGAUGGCAGUUGUUCUUCCAAAGGUGAAAAACAACUUUUAUUAGCUAACAGGCUAAUGUAGAGUGAAGGUUAAAAUGUCCACAUUUUGAAAUACUAAAUAGGAAAUAUUGAAAGUAAACAAGCGGCACCCCGAUCCAAAUAUGUGCGUGUGCGCACUGCAGCUGCCCCUCUCCUUUGCCUGCGUCACAACUAUGAUGUUACAUGUGUACAUGAGGACUUCGUUCACACAGGAGACCUUUCAUGGUUACGCCUCCCGAAUCUUCCUCAAAGUUACCUGUCGGCACCAGAAGGUGACGCUUGAUGGGAUUUGCUUGUGCUGUAUGUUGUUGUCUUCUCCCCUCAACUACUUCUUCACCACCCUCCAGAUGUUCUGGAAAGCUGAGGUCCUUUGCGGAGGCAUUUGUCUCCAUGUUGUGUGUGUGUGUGUAACUCUCUUCUUCUGCUGAGGCUUCCCACCUAACAACUUGAGAGCUUCUGAUCCCGGCCUAUAGGACCAAGUAAAUCAUUUACUUAUUUUCAUUUUAUCGUACUUACUCUCCAAAGAGCUCCAGGCAGAGCCAGGGACUGGCUCAAGAUAAAGCUUUGCCUGAGAGGGAUUUGAACAUAGGAUAGGGCUUCCCACUUUAAACAUGUGAUGGACUGGGAUGUGUAGAGUCGAUUUCAGCUUCUGCUGGAGAAUUGACAGACUUCUGGGUGAUGCCUUUUUUAAAAGAGAGAGCGAGCCCAUAUUCUUCCUGGAUGUCUCGAUCAGGUAUUGUCUCAAUCAGAUAUGUAUGGAUAGACAAGGAUAUUCAUUUUCAUUCACAUUCUCCCUCCCCAACCCCAACCCCCCCCUCACAGACAGAGAGGAUUUAGGCAUAAAAAGCACCAAAUCAUGGAAAAAGUAGAAAAUUUCUUUUUAAAAAAUACUCUGUUAUGAGCAGAGUGCACUGCAUUGUCAGAGACCCAGACUGCAUGAGGAAUGCUACUCAAAUUCAAGCUCAGGGAUGGUGAGGGACUGAGGACAACCUGCUCAUGAAGACUUGAGGACGGGACUUGCAUGUGCUCACUUUGAGCCUUUGCAUGUUCAGGCAAAUACCUGAAUACAGCUGAAUACCUUUCCCUUCCCUUCCCUUCCCUUCCCUUCCCUUCCCUUUUCACAUCCCCCACUAAUAGUUCUUGAAAUGAAAGUUGCAAACCUGUUGUGCAUGUUGUAGAGUUUUGUGUUACUGCUGUCGCUCAUCCUGAAGCGCACUUUUGAAGGGCACUUCCCUUGCCUGAAACUGAUAGACCUUUCCCUUGUGACUGCAGUUGGGGCCCGAGCUUCACCAGGUUCCCCUUACGAGUCACAGAACCUUUGAAGAAGGAAAAGGAAACAGACAUGAGGCUCUUCAUCAUCUGCCUCUUGUGCUUGCUGAUGGACUGCCUGCUGCUGCCUGACGCCGAAUGCCGAAUCCUUGAGCGAUCCAUGGAAGUCAGAAGUAAGUUCUUGGGUACUGUACGGGGUAGAAGACAAAACUUUUAAAAGCAGCUGUGCUUAAGAGACCCUUUCUGAGGAAGCUGUUUAUCACUGUAGCACUGGGAAAUGGCCAGUGUCCCCUGCAGUGAGUUAAGGGACAUGACAACCACUGAUAACUGGAUGAGCAGCUAGACCCAAGUGAUGGGUGUGCAGCACAAUCAUCAAACUAGAUGAAGUGGAAUGUGAACUUUCAUAAAGGAGUUCAGCUCAGGAUAGAGUUUGCUGAUCUGUAACAUGCACUUGUGAUGAGUCUUGAGGGACUUUGGGAGACAAGAGGAGGGAGCGCCUACAGAAGGUGGAGGGAACCUUUGGACCUCCAACUAGAGGUGGGUGGAACAUUUUUGGAAGUUUUGAAGCCAGGGGAGAAAAACAUUCCCCCUUCCUGGGUCCCCCCGGCCAGGGAGAGUGGAAAUUAUUGGUUGGUUUUUCUGAUAGCAUUCCAUAUGCAUAGAAAGUCACUUUGCUACAUGGUGUCCUUCCUUGUGUGCUUCUCUUUCACUCCAUUAUUCCUGCCACUGCCACUCCUAGCGCACAACCCGCAGGCGUAUUAGGCAGGUGUGAAAUUAGACAGGUAGAAAAAAUGCCAUCAGCUCAACAAGGGUAGUCUUGCAAAGAAGCUUUGCUAGUGAUGAAAAGCUCACAUUGCCUCCCCACAAACAAGUGUGCCAGUGCUUUAGAAUAUGGCAGAGCAAUGCCAGGUAUUCUGGUGCAGGAGUGGGAAGGACUUAUCUGUUUCCUAGGCUCUCAAUACCACCUGGGCUUUGCCUUCCAGAUCCAGACAUUGAUCCUUCCUGGUACACGGGGCGAGGGAUCCGACCUGUGGGACGGUUUGGCAGAAGGAGAGCAGCUGGGGAGAAUGCUCAGAAAAGUGACCACCGGCCCCAGCAAGCCUGCUUCCCCAUAGAAGACAGCGAUGAGCAGCUGCAAGAUGAAUGAUGCCUCAGAAGUGAACGGUCUCCUAUCCCGACAAGAAAGAACAUCGCAAUCUCUCCAGAG